CUGUGAAUCGGACGUGACCUCAUCUCCGCAGCGUCCGUCAGGUCCCAGAGUCUGUGGCUCACUGACCAAACGUUUUAAUAACCAGCUUUAAAAACAGGUUUCACCUCAACAUCCAAGAUGUAAUGACGGGAAACCCAGAUUUCUCUGAAAGUUUAAAUCCCACUCUUCUAUUUUUUCUCUCUCUGUCUGUAACACGGAAGAGCCUCAGACACAAACAUGGACACCUCACGUCUGCCAGAGUCUUCGAGAGUUUCUCCUUCUGUAAAGAUAUUUAACUCUGCUUUAACCCACUGUUCGGUGUGUUUGAGCCACUGCGAUGAUGAGCGAAGGUUCACAGAACCAAUGUCAGGGCUGAGGCGCAGGUGAAAAAUAUCGAAACCAAAAACAAGAUGAGAAAGGAAAAAAAAUCUGGAGCAGCCUAAUGAAAAUCUGAUGCCACUGAUGAGUUUAGAUCCUGUUGAAGAUGGAAAACACUCUGCUCACUGGAAGACGCAGCAUGAAAGAAACACUCCCCAGCUUGCAUAUACUCCUCUGGCCUCCCGUCUACAGAUCCCCUUUUUUUCCUGUCUUUUUCUGCGCAGCCAACAGAAGAUAUAACAAAGCGUCAUACACACAUCAUAUAGAUGACUCACAGAUCCCAUUCAAACAGUUUUAUCCGUCUGUGGACCCCCACGGUGCCCAGAUCGAUGAAUCCAUUUUUCCAUGGCGUGUUGCCGCAGGUCUCGCCUCCAGUCCGGACGAGGACCUGUUAGUUUUGACUCUGGCAGAGAAAAUUCGAACAUCAGCUGAUGAGUUUCAGCACUGUGACUGGUCCACCUACUUUGUCACCCGCUCUAAGUCCAUCGCUGCGUCUGUUUCUGGCCUUUUACCCACUAACAUUUUCACGAGGAAGCGUAACAGUGACCGAGAUGCCCCUGAGCACAUGGAGCCCCCUGUUCCACCCGAGCAGACCACAGAUGAAAGCUCCCCGUCGGCCCCUCCUCACAGCCACCCACAACCCAAAGACACAAACCCCUGCUCCAACGUCAGGAGCAGGACAGACUUCAACCCGUUGACUCGUCCUCACGGCUGUGAGGAGUUUACUCCUCUAAUCACUGCUGAAGAAAACGACGACACCUACAGUUUCCAGUGCUCCCGCCCAGGCCUGUACCAGUGCAGUGUGACAGGUCUGCUGUUUCACAUGGACGCAGAGGGGGACGUGGUUUACAGGACUGUCCCCUGGAACAGGAGGCUACUGGCUCAACAUCACAGGAAGCCUGCAGGACCCCUGUUUGACAUCAAAUGUGUGCAGCAGCAGUCUCUGAGACAGCUUCAUCUCCCACACUGUGAGAUCCUCUCCACCGGAGGAUGUUCCUUCUUGUCAGUGGCUCAUGUGAAUGAUGAGGGCGUCGAGUUUCUCUCUCCUCAUCAGAUAACAGAAACUCACGUCAUUAUAAACAUCACAGGGCUUUCUGGUUUUGGUAAUGUCAAGGAUGAGGACUCAGCACCGGUCCCGGUCCGAGCCAUGGUCCUGCUGUUCUACAGGCCCUCGACUGAUCCUGAUCUGGAGUCUCUGAUCAAUGUGUUGUUGUUACCGAGGAACGUCGUCCUCCUGGAUGUGCUGCGCAGCAGAAAGAAGCUAGUGGGAGAUGAGAGGUACAUAGAGACAUCCCCACACUGUAAACUGCUCCCAGAUCAGGCCUACACACUGUCCACCUGUCCUGAAGACGACUCGGUUGAAGUUCAACCAACAGAAGCGGAAUUUGACUGCGACAACUACGACAACUUCGUUCCAUCAUUCCAGGUGAUUUUAGAAAAAGUCCUGAAACAUAUUAAACUUGUUUUGAGAGACAUCAGCAGCUGCCACAGGGUCUGGGAAAGACGAGCGUGUCUCUCGUCCACUGGAGCACAAAGGUCCUGUGGACCGAGUCCUCUGAAUCUCCCCUCAAACCAGAGGCUGUUGGACAUAUGGAGCAGCUUCGUCGAUGGGAUUUCAGGACCUGUUCUCAUGAGUCUGCUGGACAAACUGUUUGAGAAAAAGGUGAUAACUGACUCUGAGAGGGAGUCGGCCGACGAGGUGCCCAACAAAAGAGACAAAGCUCGUUUUAUCAUCGACACAGUGAGGAGGAAAGGCGACGCUGCCAGUUCAGAGAUGAUUGAGUUUCUCUGUGAACUCGACCCCUUCCUCUGCGAACAUCUCGGGCUGAUCUGAAGCACGAUGAAGAGGUGAACAAACAGUUUAUGUUAGAAACGGAUCAUCCUGCAUCUGCCACUGUCCUUGAUCACUGUUUGUCUGUUUGGUGAAGAGAAAAAACACUGGGCACUGCUCUCAUGGGUAGAAAGUUUCAGUGUCUGUGGGUCCAGGCCACCGUCAGCAGGACUCCUUUGUUCCUCUCGUCUCUGCAGAUGGUUCUUUAUGACUCUGUGUGUUUGGGCUCGUUGUCCUGCCGCAGAAUGAAUCUGGGACCAUCAGACGUCCUGAUGCCAACGAUGACAAAGAAGAAUCUUUGAAGUGCCUCGAACUUUUGCACAAUUCUGUAUCAACUUUAACUGUUAAAGCUGUGUUUUCCAGGUUUCAUCAGUUUUCUUGUGUUUGAUGAAGAUAUGUGAAUCUCAUGAUACAGUAAAUGUACCAUUAGAUUUCACACGUCUUUGUUAUUUUUAAAACAUGUCUUUAUAACAGCUGUGCUGUUUGGAUGUUUAUUUAAAUCGGCUUCAAAUAUGGACAGUUUUCAACUGUUGAAUUUAAAGUGUUUAAUCCUUCAUCAGCCAGCAGGGGGAGUCAUUUACCUGGCAAUGGUCGAAAGCCCCUGUGGCAGGAAACUAUAUCCUUUUAGAGUAAAUAAUUUACUUUUUAUAUUUUGAAUUUAUUGUUUACCUGUUGCUCAGUUCGUUUUAAAAUUUAAUUUUAAUGGCUCCAACAUGACACUUUGCUCUUAACUUUAAACUGAGGAGACCGCGUUUUUAUGGCGUUACCUGAGAAAAUGAGACUGACCGUAAAUAUCAAUUUGGACUAUUUGCAGCGGUAUUUUUGGAAAAUGUCACAUUAAACCUUCAUUAAAAUUCUUCACUUGUGUG